UCUCAGCUGGUCUCCGCCUUUCAUAUACAAUGCGAUGGGCGUUUCCUAACAGAAGACAGCAGAGGGCACUUCACAAUGGGAGAGAGCUUCCUUGAGCAGCUGCGAAUAGACAGCCGGUUCCUGAAAUCGGACCGUCGUCUGGACACAGAACUGGUGGAUAAACUGAUCCUGCAGCUCAACAGAAUCUACCCACAGAUCCUGACCGACAAAGAGGCCUCCAAAUUUCGGGAUCUGGAUGUUCCCACCUGUGUUCGGCUGGCGGAGCUGCUGUCUCGUCUGCAGGAGAAAGGAGAAGAGGCCUGUCGAGAGUUUUACAGAGCGUUGCACCUCCACGUGGAGGACGUUUACUUCAGUUUACCCACACGCCUUCGACUCAGAGAAUCUGGUGAUCCAGUCAGUCCAGUCUCCAGUCCCACAGAGAGAUACGUGCUGAAUGACCAUAGCCCGUUUUUCUUCAUUAGUUGUUUCAGUGUUGCUGUAGGAGCAGCUCUGCUUCAUUACUAUGGUGAGUCGAAGCAGGUGUCCGGCUCCAGCAGCGCUCUGGGUUUGGCUGCCAUGGGGCUGAGCAGGAAAGUGCGAGACGUUCUCAUCUGGUACUCUGAGGAUGGAAAAUAAUGAUCUUUUUGCUGCCUUAAAAUGAUUUAGACACUGCAAUUCACUGAGAACUUUUCCGCGUCAUAAAAUAGCAAACAUAUUCCAGGUUUUACAAACACAUGUACAUACUGUGUAUAUACAGAAAUGAUUAGAAUGAGGUAAAAACCCAAAGAUUUAUUUUUAGAUAUGCCCAAAUAUGGAUGUUUUUGUUACAGUUCUGAAUAUUAACUACAGAACAUCUGUAAUCAAACAUUACAGUCGUGCAUUUGAAUAUUAGCCAUUAUGCAGAGCAGGUGGUCAUUACUUUUAACCAAACACUUUUGUUUGCCUUAUUUUGUUGUACGUGUUUAACUAUAUGUUAAAAUAAUUAUAUAUUUUAUAUGGUUAAUAAACUAGUCAAAUGUAGACACAAAUUCACCACACCAUUUUUAAACAUGCACAACCGGAUAAAAUCACACAUAUCAGAAUAUUAAUACAAUAUUUUGACACAUAAGACACUAUAGUUCAGUCUGAAUUUAUGAACAUUAGGAGUUUGUUACUUUAUAAUCCAUAUUUUUCUGUAGGUUAAGGUUUCAACGAAUAACUUUGUGUAUAAUGUUAGUUUACUUUUGUACUAGCAGCAUGUUUGCGAAGGUUGUUUAAUAAUAAUAAUUGAUAUUAUCAAGUUUUUGCAGAGAGAUAUUAUGUAAAAUAUUUUCAGUCUAGAAAUGUUUCAAAUAAAUUUGCCAAUUUUACUAUUUUUAACUGAGAAAUUGUAUUUUUCGCCAGGAUUAAAAAACUUUAUUAAGCUAAAUAAAACUACGGUUUGAAACUA